AUUUACGACAGCCACGAAAAAAUCAAUAAAUUGUUUACCCUGUUUUUAAAUUGUAAUUGUUUGUUUAUUGUUGUGAAAAUGAUCCAGCAUCGAAAUGCGGUUGAAACUCUGACUAUAGUAUCUUGCACUGGCACAUUCUUUUCCGUCAUAUUGCAUUAUGUGUCGGACAUCUCCCCCUUGACCGGAAUAUGGUUUCCCAUUUUCAUUUUUGUUGUUUUCAUCGUUUCUGUGGCUUUUAGUUUUAAAUUUCUGCAGUGGUUGUUGCAAUUAAAUAAACCUGUGAAAUAUGAUUUGGAGGAGCUUGUCAAAGAAUAUCCUUAUUUGUCAUUUCUGCGGGAGGUAUUGCCGUGCCCUCCCAAGAGGAAAACGAAAGAAGUCAGGGAGGAUUACGAUACCAAUGAGUUGAGCGUGAUAACCACGGUGUUGGAGCGUAAGUUGGUGUCGUCAUGGUACGUGCCCUACAUAUCCCAGGAGAUUGGCUUUCCUUUUGCAUGCAAGCAAAUGUUGGACCAAAUGAUUGGCAAAAUGUUCCAGAUUUGCAACAAAAUAGAACCAAAAGAUGUUUAUGUUGACAUUUGCUCCAUAAUGAUCAGCCACUUGAAGGAGUACCGCAAGGCUUUGAAACGGCACGAAAAAUCUCCCACUAGCACUAUAGAAUCUCAUUACAAAACAUCUCAUCCGAUAUCCAACUCGGAUCAGAAGUUAGAAUCUGCUGACCACUGCACAAAUGUUCUUCGUGUGGUCCUCAAAGAACUGGUACCUUGGGAACUAUGGGACACACCCCAUUCAGAGUUGCUAGUUCGAAUUUUAUCUAAAAAGCUAGACACAUUCAUUGGGGAGACAUUAGCUGACCCUGUUUGGCUGAAUGAUAAAUUACUUUCGAUUUUAAAAGACGAAGAAAGCACAGAAACAUUUCCUGAAAAGGCUGAAAUGGAAUCAAAAGAGGAAAUACAAGAAGUUUUUAACGUAAAGGAGGAAUUAUUAGAACCGAUUGUGGAAAAACCUACAGUGGAAUCUGCGUUAUCGACGUUAAUUACGAAUACAACGGCUCCUAUUUUACAGAGACCUUUAAAUGAAGAGGUUAAAGAAGAAGUAAGUGUGGCAAGUGAGAUGAUUGAGAGUAUUGUUGAGGAAGUGCCCGUGACGACUUCAGAACCCCUUGAUAUCAAGUCAUCGCCGAUAUUGAGGCAACGGCGCGGCAGGCAGGGCAGGAAUGAAGUGAAGAUCUAUGACAGAAUUAUUGAAGGCAGCGUGAAGACCUGGGAGACGGACAUCGACCUGCAGUGCAUCAGCCUGGGCCAGGACCUGCUGGCCAGCCUGGACGGCGAGCUCACGCUGAGCCGGCUGUGGGGGCAGGACGCCGACGCCGACGGGAGCCCUAACCCGCCCAGGCGCAAGUCGCCGCAGCCACUGUGGUUUGGCGAGGAGGACGCCAUCGAGUUAGACCUGGCCGACUCCCCCCAGAAGGAGCCGAGUCCCGUCCGCAAGGAGACCAGCCCGAAGCCCGCCGACGCACUCCUCAAGGACCUGCAGACCACCGUCCACCAAGCUAAGACUAAGAUCGGAGACCUCCAGGUCCCACGCAAACUUUCAAUAGAUGUGCCCCGCAAGCAAUACUCCGGUGACGAAGCGGCAGGCAUGAUGGAGGGCCUACUAGAUUUCGGCAUCGCGGGCUUCAAGAAAGGCCUAAGGUUUACGGGACUCAGCGACGAUUCGCAGGAGAAAUCCCCGUCCCAUAGAGAGAAAGGAGGGAAUGGUGAGAAGCUGUCGCCGCCAGAAACAAGCCCUAAGGCGAAGACGGCGGCCGAGCCUAAGGAGGCGGGCUCCUCCACAGUCAUACAGAAAGAAGACAACGGUAAUGGCUCAGCCCCGCAGUUAAUAAAGCAGCAGAGAGUCAUCUCCCAGGAUAGUGUGCCAUCGCAAGCCAAAGCGAUUCCCCGCGAGCCGCCGCCACCACUGGGGGCUCUCAGUGACUCCCCGGAACCCGAGUACGAGGAAGCAGCCGACCUCUCCACCAGCAUCGCCAAGCUGCGCUGUCUGCUGCAGCAGCGCGCCGAGGCCGGGCCCAGAGCGGAGGAGAUGUGGUGGGAGGGCGCGGAGGAGCAGCGCGGGCGCGCCUCGCAGCACGCCUCCUCGCGGCCCGUCGACGCCGCCGCGCUCGCCGACGAAUACGAUAUGAGCAUCGAGAGGAACGUGUCUCCCGGGCAAACGUCGAACAACAUGCAACGGUUGGACAAGUUGUUCCAACGCACGGUGACGGGCGUAUUCAACUCGAUCAAGACGGCAGUCGGUGCCGAGGGUGCGGAAGGAGCGGAGGGCGCGCGCCACGACUGGGCCUACGUCACCACCUCCAUCGAGCUCAGCGUGGGCGGCGCGGUUGCACGGCUGGUGGGCUCGCGGCGGGCCUUCACGCACGUGGACGCGGCACUGGACUCGCUGCACCACCUGACGCCGCCGCCCAAGCAGACGGAGCUCGUGCCCGAGGACUUCGAGGAGUGGUGCGCGCAGCUGGGCCGCGGCUGGGCGGGCGCGAGCGAGCUGGCGGCGGCGGCUGGACUGCUGCGGGCGCACGUCGCGCAUCGCCUCGCCGCGCUGCUACUUGCUGAGUUCAGCUUGGCGUGCUGUUAUCCUACUUAA